UUUUAAACAUCGUUAAAAGAUUUCAGUGUUAGCUAUGCCGAACCGUUGUUGUGUGCCUGCUUGCAAGUCUAAUUAUACAUCAAAAACUGUCAGUGUCGAGUAUGUCAGUGUUUUUAAACUUCCUAGAAAUGAAGAAAGGAAGAAAUUGCGGCUGCAAAAUAAUGUAGAAUCCUCCAAGGAUAUGUACUCUGCCGCUGUUGAAGUAUGGGAUCAGUUUGUGCAAGCAGAAGUAUGUGAGGAAUUUUCUUUUGAGGUGUUCGUUUCGGAGAAGUUAAAGCUUCACAAGAAAUCACCAAAUAGUCGAAGGUAUAGUCCUCACUUGACAACGCUAGCCUAUUCCUUGUACAUUAAAUCGGCUGCCUGCUACGAAGAGCUUCGUCAAAGCCAGAUAAUUUAUUUGCCAUCUAUUAGACAUCUAAAACGAUUAACUUCCUUCCUCAGCUUGUCACCCUCUACAAACAAUGUUAAUAAUACUGUGAGCUUAUUACUUGAUGAAGUACAUGUAAAACCUGCUAUUUCUUACAAGGGCAAAGCUUUGUAUGGUUUUGCUGAAAAUGCUGUUAAUACUGAGGCAACAUCAGUUCAAGCUUUCAUGGUUUCUUCAAUAUUCAGUACAUAUAAAGAUAUAAUUGGACUAGUUCCGGUGAAAAACAUGAGUGCUUCAGAUUUGACCAAUUUUACCAAAACUGCUCUCUCGGUGUUGCAUGGUUCAUCAUUCAAUGUGCUUACUGUCAUAUCAGAUAAUAAUAGAAUUAAUCGAAAUAUGUUUCAACAUUUAAAACUUCAAGCUGAGGAUUCAGUUUGUAUUAAAAAUCCUGUGGAUAAUUCUCGUCCCCUAUUUCUCUUAUUUGAUUCUGUGCACAUCGUAAAAUCCAUACGAAAUAAUUUACUAAAUCAGAUAGAUUCAGAAAAGACAUUUGUGUGCCCAGAUUUUGAAGAUUUUACCAAAAUCGUGAAUGUGAAAUUUUCGUUUUUACGAAAAGUUUUUAACAUUGAACGAAACUCGAUUGUUAAGUAUGCCCACAAGUUGUCUUUUAAGACAACUUAUCCAACUAAUAUUGAGAGACAAAAUGUCAACCUGGCAUUGAAUAUUUUUGAUGAAAGUACUCAAGCUGCAAUUCAGAUAUAUGGGGAACAAAACUGUUUUUCAAACUGGCAACCUACUGUUCAAUUUUUGAAAACAGUAAAAAAGUGGUGGGAUAUUAUGAACAUAAAGAACACUAAGAAAGGUUUCCUUAAACGAAAUGCUGCUUCUUUUCCAUUUCGCUCUUUAAGUGAUGAAAGGUUUCAAUUUCUUGGAAAUUUUCUUGCGUGGUUAGAUGCAUGGAAAAAGUUGAAACUGAAGCCUCGCUGUGGAUGUUUGUCAGAAGAAACCUUUUAUGCCCUCACCCAAACAACUCGAUGCAUGAUAUCCUUAAUUGAACAUCUCUUGAACCAAGGAAACUCUUAUGUCCUCACAGGCAAGUUUCAGACAGACUGUUUAGAGUCUAGAUUUGGCAUUUACCGGCAAAUGUCUGGUAGCAAUUACCAUGUUUCGGUAAUUGAUGUAAUUGAAAGUGAGAGAAAACUUCGAAUCAAAAGUAUCCUCACUCUGAAUUCAAGCAGUUUGGGGAACAUUUUCUUUCGCAGUUUAUGUGGUGAUGAUACUUCAGGUGACGUUGAAGAAGUGGACAUUUGUGAUUUCAGUGAUGUCUUGUGCGACUUCAACGUCGAUGUUAGUUGUGAUGAAGUAGAGAUUCUUACAUAUAUUUCUGGUUAUUGUGUCUUCAAAUUAAAUCUAACAUGCAGUAUGUGUUUAAAACAUUAUGUAGUUAAUCAUAAUAUUCUGAUUGAACCUAGUGAGAUUCACUUGGCACCUAUUUCAGAAAACAAACCCGACUCUUUUAUAAACAUCGUAAAUAGAGGAGGAUUAAAGAAACCCUCAAGACUAAUUUUAAACAUAAUCAUUCAUGCAUAUAGUAUUUUUAAAAAGCUUUUAACUUCUGAAUUUGAAGAAAACUUUCAAAAGUGUAACAUGCCACAACAUAAAGUUCUUGUAAACUUAAUUAAAUUUUAUCUGGAGAACAGUGAUUUGUUUUCACUACAAGAGAAAUGUGACAUUUGUUGAACUGAAUUGUUUAAUUCUGUUUGUAAAAUUAUGACCACCUUUAGUAACAUUUGCUUAAAAAAUUAUACUAAAGUGCUAUCUGACAAAAAUCUUGUAAAUUUACGAGAACAAAAAUUAAAAAAAUUCAAACCUUG